UUGCUUGCUCGCAUCCCUCUGAAUAAUCCACAUCUAGGGCAAGCUGGCUGAGAGGCGAUCCAGUGCUCAGCUCCUCUCUGCAGGCUGAGAAAAGAGACAGAGAGAGAAAGACAACGCUUUUCAACGCAGGAGGAAAAACGUGAGAUUUUGACAGAGCGGGAAGAUACCAAGAAUUAACAGAGGAAGAUUUUCAUCUGCGGAUAUCAUUUAUUUAUACAUAUUGUUUAUAUAUCUAUAUAUAUAUUUGUACACACGCAUAUAGAUAUUUAUAUAUAUAUACAUUUAUCCCUGUACAUAACUGUAUUUGUGCUUGUCUGUUUAUAUUAAUAUUUUUAUAUGUAUUUGUGUGUGUAAAUAUAUAUGAUAUAUAAACAAAAGAAUAUAUAUAUAUCUAUGAAUUUAUAUGCGUAUCACUGUGAACCAAGAGAAGCAAGAGGAAAUUUCUAUCAUCGGGGCUGGUCUCUGAUUGUGUGGUCGUAUACAAUAUUUUGAAUAUUUCCUUUGAUCUUCUACGUCAAGAGGACAAAGACUACGUGCCCAUUUUGUAUUUUUGUUUUCCUGUUGCUGCUUCCCGUCCCUCCUGAUCUUUUUUUUUUCUACGUCCGAGAGGAAUAAAGCGGAGAGUGACAGGAUUUGACGAAAAAGGGAAAAUCUGUAGAAAUUCCUGUGAUUAGUGUUAUUUCCGUCGGCAUUAGCGCUCUGUGAGCCGAUCACAGCGUGCUGUGUGAGAUCUGAGGAGGCAGCAGAGACAGAGUGCCACGCCGCUCAGCUCAGCAUCAGCCCCAGCCAGCACAGCCAGCAUGCACAAACACCACCACUGCUGCAAGUGCCCAGAAUGUUAUGAGGUGACCCGUAUGGCUGCCCUGCGUAGGAUGGACGCCCCGUCGUAUGGAGGAGACUGGCAGGCCGAGCCCUAUGGAUACCCGCCUGGGUACGGGGGAGGCCAGACCUUACCCCCUCCGGCCUCAGGGGGAGGUGGAAGCAUGGGAGGAGGAGGGGGCACUUUGGGGAGAAGUAAGGGCAAGAUUAUGUCUGGUGGGGGCCCUGGAGGCCCCAACCCAAAGGGCCAAUCCAAGGGUGGCCCCAAAGUAAACGGCAACAACUCCAGUGGACAAGGAGGAUGGUGGCCCGAGUGCACCUGUACCAACCGGGAGUGGUAUGACCAGGCCAACCCUCCCCCCAUCAUCGUCAACGCAGACUCACUAGAUGCAGGCCCUUAUGUAAAUGGCAGUGAUGGGAUGUAUAAAUAUGAAGAGAUCAUUCUAGAGAGGGGGAACUCUGGCCUGGGCUUUAGCAUUGCUGGAGGAAUAGACAAUCCCCACAUUCCUGAUGAUCCGGGGAUCUUCAUCACCAAGAUCAUCCCAGGAGGAGCAGCUGCUAUGGAUGGAAGGCUGGGGGUGAAUGACUGCGUGCUGCGGGUGAACGAUGUGGACGUGUCUGAGGUGGUUCACAGUCGGGCAGUGGAAGCCCUGAAGGAGGCAGGGCCCGUGGUGAGGCUGCUGGUCCGACGGAGGCAGGCACCACCCGAGACGAUUCUGGAGGUCAACCUGCUGAAAGGACCCAAAGGGCUUGGAUUCAGUAUCGCUGGAGGGAUCGGCAACCAACAUAUCCCAGGAGACAACAGCAUCUAUAUUACCAAGAUCAUAGAGGGAGGAGCUGCCCAGAAAGAUGGACGGCUGCAGACUGGAGACCGCCUGCUAGCUGUGAACAACAUCAUGCUACAGGAUGUGCGUCAUGAGGAGGCAGUGGCUGCGCUGAAGAACACCUCUGAUAUGGUUUACCUCAAGGUGGCCAAGCCUGGGCCUGUGCAUCUCAAUGACAUGUACGCCCCUCCAGACUACUCCAGCACCUUCCCCACCAUGGUGGACAACCACGUCAGCCACAACUACAUGGGGGCGAUGGAGCCCAAGCCAGUGUACCCGCCGCCCCAGGUCACCCCGUCCAGGUACUCGCCAGUUCCCCGUCAUAUGCUGGGGGAGGAAGACUUCACGAGGGAGCCGAGGAAGGUGUUGCUGCACAAGGGCUCUACAGGCCUGGGCUUCAACAUCGUCGGCGGAGAAGAUGGAGAAGGCAUCUUCGUCUCCUUUAUCCUGGCGGGAGGGCCAGCUGACCUGAGUGGCGAGCUGAGGAGGGGCGACCGGAUUCUCUCGGUGAAUGGAGUGAACCUAAGAAACGCCACACAUGAGCAGGCGGCUGCAGCACUGAAGAGAGCUGGUCAGACUGUCACCAUCAUAGCUCAGUACAGGCCUGAAGAGUAUAGUCGCUUCGAGUCCAAGAUCCACGACCUGAGGGAGCAGAUGAUGAAUAGCAGCAUGAGCUCUGGAUCAGGCUCCCUUCGCACCAGUGAGAAACGCUCCCUCUAUGUCAGAGCUUUGUUUGACUACGAUCGAACGAGGGACAGCUGCCUGCCCAGCCAAGGACUGAGCUUCUCUUAUGGGGACAUCCUCCAUGUCAUAAAUGCUUCUGACGACGAGUGGUGGCAGGCGAGGCUGGUCACACCACAUGGAGAGAGCGAGCAGAUCGGGGUCAUUCCCAGCAAGAAAAGAGUGGAGAAGAAAGAGCGGGCCAGGUUAAAAACAGUCAAGUUCCACGCCAGGACAGGCAUGAUUGACUCCAACAGGGACUUCCCAGGGUUAAGCGAUGACUUUUAUGGAUCAAAGAGUUUGAAAUGCCUGACAUCCAACACAAGUGACAGUGAAAGCAGUUCGAAGGGCCAGGAGGACACGAUUCUUUCCUAUGAGCCAGUCAUUCGACAGGAAAUCCACUACACAAGGCCUGUGAUCAUACUGGGUCCAAUGAAGGACAGAGUAAAUGAUGACCUCAUCUCUGAGUUCCCCCACAAGUUUGGCUCCUGUGUACCCCAUACGACUCGUCCAAGGCGAGAGAACGAGAUGGACGGCCAAGACUACCACUUUGUGGGCUCGCGAGAGCAAAUGGAGAAAGACAUUCAGGAUAAUAAAUUCAUCGAGGCUGGCCAGUUCAAUGAGAACCUCUAUGGGACGAGCAUCUUGUCUGUCAGAACUGUGGCUGAGAGGGGGAAGCACUGCAUCCUGGACGUGUCCGGCAAUGCCAUAAAACGACUGCAGCAAGCACAACUUUAUCCGAUCGCCAUCUUUAUUAAACCAAAAUCCAUUGAAGCCCUAAUGGAAAUGAAUAAGAGGCAGACGUACGAGCAGGCCAAUAAAGUCUUUGACAAGGCAGUUAAGCUGGAGCAAGACUUUGGAGAGUAUUUCACAGCUAUUGUACAGGGUGACUCACUAGAGGAGAUCUACAACAAAAUCAAGCUAAUCAUCGAGGAGCAGUCUGGUCCCUACAUCUGGAUCCCCUCCUCAGAGAAGCUCUGAGCUCCCUGCCGUCCCCUCUGCGUCGGUGCAGAGCUCCCCUCCUGCCUCCCAGAGACCCCACCCAAGUCCAAAUAGCCCCCCUCCCCCCCUCCUCCUCCUCACCUCCUUUUUGCAGAUAUGUUUCAUAUCAAGUUUUAGUGUCAUCAUUAUGUUACUCUCUAAAUGAAAAAGAAGUCUUAUCACCAUUACUGUGACUGUGCACACCCCUGCAUGAGUUUCUCAACAAAUCCAUUCAAGACUGGAAAUGCCAUUCCAAAGGAAUUUGUCAAAUGAAAAACAAAAGGGAAAAGGAAUAAAUCCUUUUGUGAACUGGGACUGACUGAAGAUCAGAAUGUUUUACAGAAAUCUGGAGAGAUAGAGGAGUUGGGAUUCAAAAAGAAGUUGCAGGGAAACAGAGACAAAUCAUACCAAGUUGGAACACUUUGUAAAUGUUCAUCAAAUCACAUUUAAAAAGACGCGCAAGAUGAGAAGUGAAGACCAAUUAAGGGUUGGUUUUUUUUUUCUUUUUCUAAAAAGACUGGAUAAAAUCGAGCCCUGCUGAUGGUACUGUUCAAGGAGUCAUCUCUCUUGUUUAUAAUGACUGAGGAAAUUAGUGGAGCCUACAAACUGGUGAUCUAUUUAUCACAAACCAGCUUGCUGUUUGGUCGUCUGCCAGUUGUCUGUGCUGCAGCUGAUAAAGACAUCUCGGGAGGCAGAUCAAGAGGAAGAAGUGCGUUGUGAAUCUCUACAUUUAUAUUAUGAAAUCACAAGAUAAAUGAUAAAAUCCCACUGAGAUUUUACUACAUAUUAAAAACUACACAUUUUACACUUCACUAGAAUUGUCAAUUUGGAGGGCUGUUAGAUUUCAUUUUUGUUUUUUCUUUCUCUUUUGUUUUCUUUCUUUGUGGGAUUUUUUGCUUGUGGUUUUUAGCUGCUCUGUGUAAAGGACGGGGGUAGAGAAGUGUAACUGGGCUCUCUGCAAAACACCAAACUGCCUUACAUCAAAUACAAAUUCUGUUUUGUGACUACCUGUUGUCUGUGAGGGAGGCUGCACACAAUUUAACGAGGAAAAGAGAGGGAACGCUCUCAUCUUUUUCUCACGUUUUUUUGUGUCCUCCAACUGCCAGGAGGCCUGACUCGAGUGCAAUAGAUAAAACUAAAGUCUCACCUCUGUGGGCGCCUUUUCUCCCCUCCCCCGUAUUUCAACCUUCCUUCCUGCAUAAUUAAAUAAUUUGGCCAUUGGAUUACAAUUUGGACAGCCAGAGCCUCCUAACUCAUGUUGAGCAGCAGACCACCCUAUUACACUCUCUGCCUUCCAAGAGGAUUCUCUUCUGAUUGAAUGGUCACAUGGUACUGUCCUAUCUGCCGCCAUGACGGCGGCCUUAAAACGGGUAGAACAAGACAAUAAUUGUAUUGGAUGUCCUAACAAUUAAAAGUCAAUAUAACCUGUUUUGGAUUGUCCCCCUGUCCCCCUACCAAAAAUAACACUAAAGUUGGGUUUGAUUAAAACCUACAUGCUUUGUGUAUCUAUAAUGAAUUCCUAAUCUGUUGUUGGCAGGUGCUGAACCACUGUGUUGAGCUCUUAGUGUGUCUGGGGUGAGCUAGACCAGCUCAGGAAUCUUUAACGUACAGAUACCAUUUCCCCUGCGACCGAAAGGCCACGUUUGGGCGAUGACACCGAGAGUUCGUAGCUGUCAAAUGUGAACGAACAAGUACUAAAAGUGCUUCGUUAAAGGCGUUUUCAACCUAACAGUGUAAUCAGGCUGUAUUGUGUGUCUUCAAGGCUGUCGGCACGGUAACCUUUGAGUCGGCAUCACCAGGAUUGAAAUGACCUGCUCCGCCCUCCCAUGCAGAUCUUGGCACUGUAUGUUAAUGUGUGCAUGCAAGAGAGCACGUCCGAAGAAGGAACACUGUCCGUGGCGCCUGAUGCUGUGAAAACGCUUUUCCCUCCUCAGCUUUUUGAAGAGUGCAAAGGAGUUUUUUUGUUUUCCUCUCAAGAGAGCCAGACCCAACAGGAAGUGGUAACCUAGACCUCUGGGUCCCCCCCUCCCCCCUCUGCUCUCUCCCACCCACAGAGCACCUGUACCUGCAGGCAUUUUCUGAACAGGUGUGCCCACCUGCCAGGCACCACUGCUAAACCAGCUGUCAUUACCUGUGUCAAAACCAGAGUUCAGGGAAUAACCGAAGGGAACAGAGCCAUUUAUAAACUGCUUGCAGACUGUUUCAAAGGGUGUGGUAGCUGUACAAUGUAAAUAAGCCCCCAGCAGAUCCCCCUCACCUGUGCUUCAUGCAUGUGUGAAUCAAACUGGGACAAACAUGUUUUAUAGACCACAAAUGUCAGGUAAGUAAAGUUUGAGCUACUCUUGAGAUAUAAUUUCCAUACAAAUGUGCUGUAUUGUUGGUUAUUUCUCUUCAAAUGCCUAUUGGAAAACUUAACUAGUCAGUUUGGGAAUUCGGUUCCCUCACGUAGGGCCUGUCUACAUGUGAUUUCUUGUGGAACGUGUCUGGGUGUAUAGAUUUUAAAAAAUAUAUUGUAAAAUAAUUAAAGAGAUGCAGGCAGAAACCUACACGGUAUCACAGAAACCAGGAGCAUUGAUCAAUACAUCAUUAGAAGUUUAGAAUUGGUCCUCUCUGGUGUUUAGUUGAAAUACAGCUGACUGUUAACAAUGUGUGUGGUAUUCAUACCUCAGUCAGCCAUGUCAAAGCCCAAAGAACUUGAUUUCAUUUUACUCUUUCCAUUGAGGUUGUGGUAUAUAACAAGAUGGAACCUGAAUGCCUCUGUGUGUGUAUAAUUGAUGAGGGUCUUUGUUCUGAUGAGAGAAAUGAUGACAUAUAUGCUUUUAUUUUUUGGGGUUGGGGGGGUCAGGGUUCUUGUUUGUACUUUUGGGUGAUGAUGUUUAUGUUAUAGCACAUCUGUGCAGUAAGUGCUUGCAAACAUGAACCCUUUGAUUGUACAGUAGUUUCCUUCCUGUCACUGCAGGUGGUACAGCCUAUCAGGACACUUGGCCUCAUGGUCUUCCCUGUCCUAGUCAUGAGGGAACACAGUCCUGCAACUUUUGUUUUGGGUUUUAUUUUGGGACUUGACAAGAGUUUAUUUGUUUGAAAAUAAAAUAUGUGACUCAGUUAUGA